CAACAACAAAAAUGAAGUUUGCUGCUCUCUUGUCUUUGAUUCCUCUCUUAACUCCUUUUGUGUCUGCUCAAGCUACUACAGCAGGUGUUUCUAUCACAAACCCUGUUCUUAAUACAACAGCCACAAUGGGUUCCAAUUUUACUAUCACUUGGUCUCAAUCUGAUACCUCAGUGACUACUGUUGAAUCCAUUGCUUUGAUGGCUGGUAAUGCUGCUGCCUUGACGACUAUUUUGCCCAAUAUCAUGACUUCAACAGUUCCUACAAGUGCUUUGUCUUACACCUGGAUGGUUCCAAGCAACCUUACUGCUCGUCAAGACUAUGCUCUUGCUUUCAAGGGUGAAAAUGCCAUGGUUUCUUACUCUGGUUAUUUCACUAUUAGUGCUUAAAUAGCAAAACAUUGUGCUUUUAUCUGAUGUUAUAGAUACUGUACACCUUUAGAUACAUUAUGAACAGAGAAAGAAAUAAAGAUAGACAAAU